AUGUCAACUGGACGCAAGGUCUUCCAUUGCGCCCUGGACGAGACGGCGCUCACCACCAACAUCAGCGAGAUCAAAAAAUGGACCAGCAACGGAGCCAUCGAUCUUAUUGUUCCACUCUACACUCUUGAACGACUCCACGCUCUCAAGCGCGCCGGAUCGCAAACUGCUAUCAAUGCUCGUGAGGCCGUGCGCUUCCUUGACCGAGUCACUUCUGGAAAAGACAACAUUUCCGCCGACCGGGUUGUCUUGCAAGGUCCCAUGGAGCAGUAUGAGCGAUGGGAGGAAGCAGAGAAGUUCUUCUUGCCCGAAUUUGAGGAGGAACCCGAGACGAUGGGCGACUCAGAUCUCGUACAGUCUUCAGCCGAAGGAUCGCCUAAAGUCAACGGAAGCUCUGACUCGCAGGAUCUGUCGCAAAUGUUGCUGAGCAAGUUGAAUUUCAAAAAAGACACCGAGGUCGCCUCUAUCACUUCUGGUGGUUCUCCCAGCGCACCUGGAUCGCGCAACUCCUCCCGCAGCUCUCGCACCAGCCCCGAGUGUGCUCACCAUGAGAAUGGCACGGCUGAGGAUGGUGAGGUGCCCAAGUCAGGUCACCGACGAACUGAAUCUGGCAGCACGAUCCCCGUCGCCCCGCUUGUGCUUCGACCUCUUCUCAGCGCACUGCUCUGGAGGCUUCACAGUGGUCCAGAUGCUGAGAACUCUACCAAAAGCUGCAUUUUGGUGACAAACGACCGAACGACCCAGGUCUGGGCCCAGAAAUUCGGCAUCGCGGUCAAGAACAUUCUCCAGCUACGGACUGCGAUUCAAUACGAAGAAAGGGAGUUCAAAAAUCGCUGCAAGUAUGUUGAGAAAGUCCAGGCACAACCUGCAGAGCAGCCUAAGACUCUUCUGUCAUACGAGGACGAGUCAGACGAGGAUGAGCUUGUCUUCGUCCCACGUGGUGGCCGCGGUGGUAAGCCUGUCUCUUCUCGCGGAGCGCGCAAUGGAGCCUCUCGCAAGAGCACACCGAAGGUUGUACCUGCUGUCGUCGAGACCUCUGUGGAAGUUCCUACCCAGCCAAUCGACCCCAACUCGUUCAGCAGAUCCCUCGGCGGCGCCAAGCAAGCCCCUGCGACUGUAGACUUGAGUACACAGCAAGGUGCCGCUCGUGGUCUGGCAGGAGCCUCUCGUCGCUCGAAUGGACGCCGCGGAGGCGCUGGUCGGGCCGCUGGCCGAGGCAACGGACGUGGUCAGGGUAAGCUUUGGGUUCCUUGA